GCUCACCCAGCGUGUGAAGGUGAGUCCGCGUAGCUCUGACGUAAAGCCUGACGUUCAGCCACUUGAUGGUGAAGGGAGGUGGGCUGCAGUCACAGACUUCUUAUAGAGGAGGGGUUGCCAUCCAUCCAAACCCCUCCCCUUUCAUUACCCCAUCUCUCUCUCUCUCUCUCUCUCUCUCUCUCUCUCUCUAUUCAUUCCUUCUGCUCUGUCUGACUGAGUUGGUUUCACACACACACUUACACACGUGCCACUCUAUGUGUCUCCUCUCCUCUCUCCUCCUCUGCAAGCAUGGAGUCACAUCAUCACUGAAGUGUGGAUUUGCUCCUCUUGUUUUCUCCUCUUCUCUUCAUUCGGUGUGUGUGUGUGUGUGUUUGGUUGUCUGUUCCUGGGCAGGAAUGCUGGUGUCUGCGACAGCGCUGUUGGGGGCUACGCUGGGCACAGUGUCUGGAGUGUUGACACUAUGUGGUCUCUCCCUGCUUUGCAAGAGCUGUAAAAAGGGGAAACUUGAGAGUGGAGAUGAGGCUGACCCAGAGAAAGCCAAACCUAGUAUCCUGCAUACUCUGACACAGUUCAGUGUGCAUAAGUGCACUGAACCCAUCCAGCCUCAAGCAUCUCUGAAGUUUCCUCAAAUCUACCGGCCCAAACCUUCUGUGACUUCUCAAGAGGUGAUAAACUACAAAGAACAUGGAGCUUCCAAUGACACGUCUGCAGCCGAGCUCGACACCUGUAACCAAGCAACCGAACGUGAGGAGGUUUUCUCCCUCCCGCGGCAAGCUUCUGCUGAUGAAAUACCUUGCUCAUCUGAACAAACUGGUGCCAUGACGACAAGUAGCUCCAUCCUGUAUCCGAAACUGCACUUCUCCAUCAGCCUGCACAAAGAAAGCGGAGAGCUACACAUUAACAUUGUUGAAGCGGAGAAUAUAUCAGUGGAAGCAGGCUGUGAGGGAUAUAUAUCAGGGUGUGUCAGUGUCUCCGAAGAGCAGAAACAUGCACACACAGCGGUCCACAAGCUGGCAGUGCAUGUGCAGUGGGGCGAGGAGCUGGUGUUUGCACUGCCUAUGGAGAGCACAGAAGACACUGACAGUCUAGAUGGAGAGGUGGCGCUUUCCCUUCACUGCUGUGACCGAUUCUCCCAUAACUCCACUUUGGGCAUGAUGCGCUUCAAGCUGGCUGAUGUGAGCAUGAUGUUGGACGCCGACUGCUGGGUUGACUUACAGCCACCCAAACAGGAAGUGACAUCAUCCACUGGAGAAUUACUACUGUCGCUCAGUUAUCUACCAGCAGCCAACAGACUUGGGGUGGUAGUAAUGAAGGCUAGAGGACUCCAGUCAGAUAAACUCAAAGACAACAUAGAUCUAUCCGUAAAGCUGACCUUAAAGCACCAAAAUGCCAAGCUGAAGAAGAAGCAGACGCGGCGAGUAAAGCACAAGAUGAAUCCAGUCUGGAACGAGAUGAUGAUGUUGGAGCUGCCAAGUGAGCUUCUGGCUAAAUCCAGUGUGGAUUUGGAGGUACUGAACCUGGCCAGCCCCGGGACCCUGCUCCCUCUGGGCCGCUGCAUGCUGGGGCUCCAGACAUCCGGCACUGGCCUGCAGCACUGGAAACAGAUGCUAGAUAAUCCACGCAAACAAAUCGCAAUGUGGCAUCCUCUAUACACCUAAUGUACAGGGUAAUAGUCUCCAAAGCACCACCAAUGUGAUAAGCUAAACGGGUGGUUGGGUUAAGCUAGUACUCUAUUCCUGUGUAAAAAUAUGCAGUACUAAAAUAUAUAUAUAUAUAUAUUAAACAGUAGUUAUGUGUGAA